CACGGUUUAGUUACCGCUUUGGGAUCAUUAAGCGCACAUCGCUUUAGUUAGCCGCACGAUCGGUUCGUCGCUUGUCGCUAUCUUCAGAGGCACUUUUGUUGUUGGCUUUGUUGCGCGCGCACAAAGCAAAACUAAUUAAAAGUGAACACGAAACCAUGUAAACAACAAUAACAAACAACAACUAAUUAAUAAAUCAUCUUCGAAUUCAAAGUAACAGCUAAAUAAUCGCAUCUAAUCAAAAGUCGCGAUUCGCAAAGUGCAACAACAAUUAUAUUGACAUACAUAUGCAAAUAUUAUUUUGUAAAUAUUUUGACGGAAUUUCGCCGAAAAUUGUGUUAUUGUAGUUGCCACGCGUUUAAGUGUUAAGUCGAAAUCGUGCUUUAUAUUUAGAAUAAGCACUCUGUGUUAAGCCAGCGCUCACCUGUUGCCUCUGUGUGUGUACGUGUGUGUAUCGGGCCACACGUGAGAUUAUCGAGCGGCUUUAUUAAAGACUUAAAAAUGGCUCGCCUUACUUUCCUGUUAGCCACACUGCUGCUAAGCUGUCUUCUGCUGAACACUAGUGUGGAUGCUAAAGAAUACAUGCGUUGCCAGUUGGCGCGAGAGCUUUUGCUAAAAUACGGUAUCAACAAAACGUUUCUCUCCAACUGGAUUUGCUUGAUCGAGCACGAGAGCAAGAGGAACACCCAAGUUGUGAAACGAAAUCCUAACGGCAGCGCCACUUACGGACUCUUUCAGAUAAGCAGCAAGGAAUGGUGUCGCGUUAGUCGCAAAGGUGGCCUUUGCGAUAAGAAAUGUGAAGACUUCCUUGAUGACAACAUUGACGACGAUGUGGUGUGUGCGAAGCGAAUAUUCGAACGUGAUGGCUUCAAAAAUUGGCCCGGCUGGAGUGCCUCGUGCCGCAACACCCAGAACCUGCCGAACCUCGGCCUGGCGUGCAACAUACAGACAGUGUAAACGAUAGUGGAAUGGGGUGGAGGGUAGUGGCAUUUUGUAACUACGAAACAGCAAAAUGCUACACACACAUGUACAUAUGUGCGUCACAUUUUGAGUGCCUUCAUAGUGGGCAUCCACACAUACCAUUGGCAACGCUACUUACUGAAUAAAAUUACACAUAUGUGACCUGGUCUACGAAAAGGGGGCUUAGGUGUCAAAAAAAUCAAUUUUCACAUCAACACAAUUUUCUAUCCGAAAGAAAAAAACAGUUAUUUCCCAGAAAACUAGUUUUCGCACGUUAGCUCCCUUUUCCCUUUUCGUAGACCAGGUCACAUAUAUAAAUAUUGAAAAAAGGAAGAAAGGAUGAAAUAAUUUUUCUCGAAACAAUAUUAAGAAAUCAAAUACAUAUGUACAAGUAUAGUGUCUGAAAAAUUUGUUAAAGUCUACUUAUUAAAAAUACAAUAAUUUGCUAUUGAGA